UAAACCCCGAAUCCCCAAGAAGCCUCUAAUAAACGGGCUAAGAAAGAAAGAGCUGCUGCUGCUUUCUGCCUUCCUGUGUUUGGGAGCCGAAUCAAAAUCGAAGUAAGGGAAGCGACGGGGAAAGCCACAAUGGGCAAAGCAGAGAACGAGCGACUCAAUCAAGCUCUAACUACGUACCUCAACACCAUCCAUGAAACCUUACAGGUGUUGGAUCAAACACCAGGUUCUUCUUUGGACAAAGUUGCCUGGAAUGAGGUUGUGAAAAUGGGCGACAAAGUCUACUGGCAAGCUACCGUUGUUGGGAUGCUUUGGACAGGGGAAAAGCCUGAAGCUAAAGCAGUCCAGGAGAACAUGGCGACUUACUUCAAUACCUUACAAGGGUUCCUUCUACUGUCUCAUGGAAGCAGAGUCGGGGCAGGGCCUACUCUUUCUUCCAGCAUAUAUGCAUCAGUAAAGCAAGUUGUUGAUUCCAGUUUUAGGUUGAUGAUGGAAACCGUUACUUCUUAUGCAGGAUCUUGGACCAAAGACCUGAAGCUCUUAGUUCCACAGCUGGUUGGUGCUGUAUGGGAAGCCUGUUCUGCAUUGAAGAAGACACCUUCAACUAAUAUCACAGCUAUUGGACGGGCUUUGACACAAGUUGCUGUGUCAAUGAAGGAUGUUCUUCGUGAGAUGAAAGAACUGAAGCCCGAGUCAGGCAAUCUCACUGUCACUGAAGAUGCUGAAGCAGAAGGCGGGACCCAAGAAGAGGAAGAUGAUGGUAGCUUAAGUGAUGGCGGCAAUCUAGGGAAUGACUUGUCACCUGAAGAGAUGAAAAUUGCUGAAUCUGCAACAGGAGUCGUGUCCAAUGCACUUGUUUUCAUAAAGGAACUAGUCCGGACCAUCACUGGCUUGAUCAAACUGGAAAAGCCUGAUGAUAGUGGCAACUUUGUGGAUGCUUUGGAGAAGCUGUUGACGCUUUGUCAGGGGAUGGGAGAGCAGAUUGAUGAAUUGGGAGCCUGUCUUUACCCUCCCCAGGAGCUUCCUGUAAUGAAAACCGCUUUGGAUAAGAUAUCGAAGCAGGUUGAUGAAGGUCGGAAGGAAGUGGAAACUUUGAACUGCUCUGCUGAGGCAUUCUUCCAGAGCUGUAAUAGUUUGAAGAGUUCGAUUAGAUUAAUGGAGACAGAACUUGAUUCCUCGAUGACUGCUGAUAUAGAAGCCAAAAUGCAGAGUAUCAGUGUAGACAAUUAAAGGGGUAGGGUAUGGGGUUUCGUCAGUAGGAUCAUUUGCUUACUUACGGUAGUACUGUAGGACUGUUACCAGAGUAUGUUCAUGUUCAUUUCUACUGCGUGCUACUUUGUCCAGAUUACUGUUCUUUUAUUUGGAUGUUUUUUCCUUUGUGUUAGUACAUUACGGAUUUUGUGAGCCAGUUGAAAAAGAAAAACAAGUGAG